AUGUCCGAAAUCCAUAAUUAUAAUCAAAGUCGACCCAGCAGCGCACGUGGCAGUGAUUAUGUGUGGCAGUAUGAAUAUUAUGAUGAUGACGAGCCGGUGUCUUUCGAGGGUCUCAAGGCUCAUCGAUGUGAGUGACAUCUUAUUUUACUAAAAGCCUGGCGUCUUAACGAAACGCUAGAUAACAGUCAAUUGAUUGAGUGUGUGUGCGUGUGUACAUUACAUUUUGUCUGCCUGCAUUUGUUGCUGUGCGUUUGUGUGUGUGUGUGUCUGCGCGUGUGCGCGUGCAUGUUUGUUUACACUCCCACCCCUUGGUUAAUCUAUUCUCUAUGUUAAUUACUUUCUAUAAUUGCAUCAGGCAGCUGCUACCCUAAUUGUAUUGCUAAUUUUUUCCAAAUCAGUGGGUCACCACUAGGCACAAACUGGUUAAAUCAACCUUUUUUCAACAUCAUUUGUCAACAUAUUUUGAUGUGGAAUCUAUGUGGAAAAUACAUUGGAUUUGCAAAAAGUCAUCAACUGUUGUUUUGAGGGUGAAAAUUCAACCACAGGAUUAUGUCAUUAUGAUAACCAAUUUUCAACAAACCUUGUAUAAAAUAUGUUGAAUUUGUACCUUUGAAACAACAUCAGAUCUUCAAUGUAAUAUCUGCUAGGCAACACCUCCUACUGGAGAUUUGAGCAGUCUACAGCUAACGCUUUGGUCUCCCAUCCAGGGUUUUAACCAAGCCCAGUUUAGCUUUGAUAUUUGUCACUGACUAUUACCAAUGUGCUAUCGUGAGAAUUUUAACAGAGCAAAUUAAAUGUUACCAUACUUCAAUCAUAUAUCAUCAAUUAUGUUAUUUAGGCCUAAAGCAUUUGGGAAGUCAUCAACAGCUAUUGUUUAAAUUCAGGCCAGGAUUUUUAAAAAAAGGCAAUACGUAUAGUCCCAGGGUUUCAAGCUUUGGUUUAUUUCAAAUGGAAUCUACAAGUUAAUAAUAAAUAUGUUGGAUUCACUUCUCCAUCUCAACCAAAAAUCUAAGUUAAAGAAUAGGACAUAAAAAAUCUAACUGUAUUUAAAGAGAGGGAGAGAGAGAGAGAAAAAAAGGGAAACCUGAAAGAGAGAGGGAGAGAUGGAAAAAGAGAGAUGAUGUAACGUCUUCCAACGCAGUGUACUUGUUUUAUGACUUAAUGACUAUUUACUGACCGUAACUGGACCAUAAUCCCUUGUUGAUCUGAUGUUGCAGACUCCAUCGUCAUCGGCUUCUGGGCGGGACUAGCCGUGUUUGUCAUCUUCAUGUUCUUCGUCCUCACCCUGCUGACCAAGACAGGAGCCCCGCACCAAGAGUGAGUUGAAAACAUACCCUCUUUCCCCCCCUAAACCGUACAAUCCGUCUACCCCAUCUACAGUUGAAGUCGGAAGUUUACAUACACCUUAGCCAAAUACAUUUAAACACAAUUCCUGACAUUUAAUCCUAGUAUGAAUUCCCUGUCUUAGGUCAGUUAGGAUCACCACUUUAUUUUAAGAAUGUGAAAUGUCAGAAAAAUAGUAGAGAGAAUGAUUUAUUUCAGCUUUUAAUUCUUUCAUCACAUUCCCAGUGGGUCAGAAGUUUACAUACACUCAAUUAGUAUUUGGUAGCAUUGCCUUUAAAUUGUUUAACUUGGGUCAAACGUUUCAGGUAGCCUUCCACAAGCUUCCCACAAUAAAUUGGGUGAAUUUUGGCCCAUUCCUCCUGACAGAGCUGGUGUAACUGAGUCAGGUUUGUAGGCCUCCUUGCUCGCACACGCUUUUUCAGUUAUGCCUACACAUUUUCUAUAGGAUUGAGGUCAGGGCUUUGUGAUGGCCACUCCAAUACCGUUACUUUGUUGUCCUUAAGCCAUUUUGCCACAACUUUGGAAGUAUGCUUGGGGUCAUUGUCCAUUUGGAAGACCCAUUUGCGACCAAGCUUUAACUUCCUGACUGAUGUCUUGAUGUCUUGCUUCAAUAUAUCCACAUAAUUUUCCUUCCUCAUGAUGCCAUCUAUUUUGUGAAGUGCACCAGUCCCUCCUUCAGCAAAGCACCCCCACAGCAUGAUGCUGCCACCCCCGUGCUUCACGGUUGGGAUGGUGUUCUUCGGCUUGCAAGCGUUCCCCUUUUUCCUCCAAACAUAACGAUGGUCAUUAUGGCCAAACAGUUCUAUUUUUGUUUCAUCAGACCAGAGGACAUUUCUCCAAAAAGUACGAUCUUUGUCCCCAUGUGCAGUUGCAAACCGUAGUCUGGCUUUUUUAUGGCGGUUUUGGAGCAGUGGCUUCUUCCUUGCUGAGCGGCCUUUCAGGUUAUGUCGAUAUAGGACUCGUUUUACUGUGGAUAUAGAUACUUUUGUACCUGUUUCCUCCAGCAUCUUCACAAGGUCCUUUGCUGUUGUUCUGGGAUUGAUUUGCACUUUUCACACCAAAGUACAUUCAUCUCUAGGAGACAGAACGCGUCUCCUUCCUGAGCGGUAUGACGGCUGCGUGGUCCCAUGGUGUUUAUACUUGCGUACUAUUGUUUGUACAGAUGAACGUGGUACCUUCCGCCGUUUGGAAAUUGCUCCCAAGGAUGAACCAGACUUGUGGAGGUCUACAAUCUUUUUUCUGAGGUCUUGGCUGAUUUCUUUAAAUUUUCCCAUGAUGUCAAGCAAAGAGGCACUGAGUGUGAAGGUAGGCCUUGAAAUACAUCCACAGGUACACCUCCAAUUGACUCAAAUUAUGUAAAUUAUCCUAUCAGAAGCUUCUAAAGCCAUGACAUAAUUUUCUGGAAUUUUCCAAGUUGUUUAAAGGCACCGUCAACUUAGUGAAUGUAAACCUCUGACCCACUGGAAUUGUGAUACAGUUAAUUAUAAGUGAAAUAAUCUAUCUGUAAACAAUUGUUGGAAAAUUUACUUGUGUCAUGCACAAAGUAGUUGUCCUAAUCGACUUGCCAACACGAUAGUUUGUUAACAAGAAAUUUGUGGAGUGGUUGAAAAACGAGUUUUAAUGACUCCAACCUAAGUGUAUGUAAACUUCCAACUUCAACUUUACGUUCCCCCUUUUCCCCUGAAACCCUGGAACUCCUCUACCCCUUACCUCUCCCCCCUUUGCUGGGAGCCUUUCCAGCACCAUGGACAGCCCCAGAAACUAGCAUUGUGGUUUCAAGGCCUUUUUCUCAAUUGUCUCAGUCUGUCCCCUCCUCGCCUCCUCUCCGUCAUCUGUGUUGCAUCCUAAGAUGCUGGGUUCUUUUACUGAAGACUCCAAAGCGUACAUAAUAACCAGAGCAGAUUUAUUUCAUGUUCUCCUUAACACAUUCCAGUGGACCACUCUCUACAUUGUCUUCAGGCCAACUCCACAAUAUGUCAUUGAGCUUUUCCCGCCCUUGCAUCACGUAAUCCAAUCACUUCAGUUCAAGAACGGAAACCCCAUUGUCAUUUUGUUAAUUCAAAUAACUCAACCCCUGCAUACAAAUCCCAUUGGCAAUUUGCGACCAUUUUAAAUCUAAACUCAUUAACACAUAAUACAUUUCUCAAUACACCACAAUCUGCACUAAUAUAAAAUAAUUGAGCAGGUGAAAGCCAGGCUAAUGAUGAGCUUCCACCAUAUUGUUUUCACCUGCCAAGUAUUUUCUAAUCAGUGCAAAUGAAGAAGACCAGAGGAAAGAACAGAUUUUUAGACAAUUGAGAAAGAGCCAAAGACCAAUCCCUCCUUGAUCAAAUCCAACCGUCUACCUCCUGCACUGCAGAACAACUGUGGCUAACAAUUUGCUUUAUGGUUAAUAUGCCGUCAGCAGGAUUUCAGUUAUUAGAUAAUAGAUAAGAAAGAGCGGUAUAUGUCAAGGAGAAAUAAGGAGCUUUAUUUUCAUCUCAUGUUUAUAUGAAUUUGUCUCUGCAUCAAUCCAUUGUCUCACCUCUCCAGGCUGUUUCAUGGCACUUUAGAGGCAGAUCGCUUGGCUCUGGAAUGGAAAAACACUAACACUAGAGCUUACAUUAACAUAAAACACUGGUGUGGAGGUAAGUCUAAUGGAAAAAGCACAAUUUGUGCUGUCUUGCUCACUCCCAGCACAAACAGAUCUGGGACCAGGUUAGGAAAGGAUCCCUUUUAAAUAAAAACAUCUAGUAAUCACCCAGUCAAUAUAAUGUGUUCUCUCCAUAAUAUGAUAAAUCAUCAGCAUAUUAAGAUUAUUUCUGAAUCACACAAUGUAAGAAAUGAUUCAAUCAAAUGUUGGAUUAUAAGACACAAGAGCUAUAUUGCUGUCCUUGAAAGUAAUAUAAAUUAAUUGACGUGUAUUCCUCCUUCUGCUUUGUCCCUUCCCACUGGGCAACUGUUGAAUCAACGUUGUUUCCACGUCAUUGAAACCCCAACAAAUCUAUGUGAUGACGUUGAAUUAACGUGUAAAAAAUUAAUGGAUUUGCAAAAAGUCAACAAUGUAAGGGCAUUUUGUCUUUUUUUUCACCCAACUUUUAACCGAAAUUCAAUGACAUGGUGACAUGUUUUUGUUGAUUUCACGUUGAAUUCACGUUAGUUGACAACUCAACCAAAUGUAAAUCUAGACUUUGAACUGACGUCGGUGCCCAGUGUGUUCUCUUCAUCUUGCUCACAUCCUCGCCACUUAACUUCUCUGCCCUUUCAUAGACUACUCUCUGCCCUCUCCUUUCCAUCCAUCCAUCCAUCCAUCCAUCCAUCCCAUCCAUCCAUCCAUCCAUCCAUCCAUCCAUCCAUCCACAUCCAUCCAUCCCAUCCUCAUAAUCUUUCCUAAAGUCCUAUUAAAUUGAAUUUCUCGCCACUCCCAACCUUCCCCUCUUCUACUAACCCUUCCCCUCUUCUACUAACCCUUCCCCUCUUCUACCAACCCUCCACCCGACGAACCCUUCCCCGUACUAACCCUCCCCUCUCUACUAACCCGCCCCCUCGAAACCCUACCCCGGCACUAACCCUGCCCCUCUUCUAACCCGACCCCGGAGACGACCGAACCCUCCCCUACUAACCUUACCCUCUUCUACUAACCCUCCCCUCUCUACUAACCCUUCCCUCUUCUACUAACCCUUCCCCCUUCUACUAACCCUUACCCUCUUCUAACCCUACCCCUCUACAACCCUUCCCCUCUUCUACUAACCCUCCCCUCUUCUACUAACCCUUCCCCUCUUCUACUAACCCUUCCCCUCUUCUACUAACCCUUCCCCUCUUCAACUAACCCUUCCCCUCUUCUGCUAACCCUUCCCCUCUUCAACUAACCCUUCCACUCUUCUACUAACCCUUCCCCUCUUCUACUAACCCUUCCACUCUUCAACUAACCUCUCCUCUUCUCUCUAAUCCUCUCCUCUCUUUCUAACCCCAUCUUCUCUUCUCUCAUCCUCUCUCUCCUCUCCUCUCUAACCCCAUCUGUGAGAGAGAUGGCCAUUACUCUAACACUUGAAAGGCUUAAAAUCUGACAGAAUAAAAACGGUUCAAAAUUACUUAAUUUAUUUAAAGCUGCAGUAGCAGAGCAAGUUAAACAUACAAAACUGGCAACUAAAACUGAUAUAGCUCACCAUAGUUAAAAGUAGUUCUGAAUACACAGGAAAUGGUGUUAUAAAUCCUUUGAGCCAAUAGUUGAUUGUGAGCACUAACCUAAAACUUGCUUGAUGUUGUUGAGACGGGGAAGGGGAUAGGGCAUAUAUUUCAUUGGCGUUUUCAAGUGGGCACCUUCCAUCUUAAAUGUUUCGUUGAUGAGCCCACGGCAUUUCCAGAAGGUUCAACAGUGAAUUCUGGUAUCCCAGAACCAGCCCCCUCUAUACCUGCUCAAUCUCCUCCCCGCUCACUUUGGGGCCCAGCUGGGUUAUUUUCUCUUCAGCCAGAGCCACUGGCUACCCCUUUCAGCAGCCUCUGAAGUUGCAUUGAUGGUUUGACAUAAGGCUUGGCAGUGGAUCCCAAGGUCCUUCAGCAACCUGGUAGUAGAUGUUGCCACAAAUACACAACACCCAACCUCCACUGGGCAAACUCUUGCUUUCCAGCCUCCCUGCUCUGUAUCCGCUGCAAGCUCAGCCUCUUCCUCUUCUGUUGUCUCGUCCACCUUAUCCUCCCAAGGCACUGUUAACUCCACGAAGUAGAGAGUGCGCAGAGAGUUGGACCACAGUAGACCACAGUACCAGGUCUGGUCUUAGGUUGAUAGCAGCUGUUGUAUCUCAGAUGGAACUGUGAGGCAUUGGCCCACAUCCGCCAGCAUUUUCCAGUCUAGGGCCGCAUUCAGCUGUCCAGCAUCUGUCCUUGGAAAGAGAUUUCUCUGUGUUUGCUCUCCUCUGUGGACAAAUGCUUUUUGUUGCGUAGGGUCAGAUGUUCUGGGAGGCAAGGCAUUGAUGGUUGUUCACUUGCUUUUAAAUGCUUCAGCUUGGCAGGAUGCAUGGACCUGUCAAUGCUCUUGAGGCCUCUGAUGGUCUCCUGCCUUAGCACCUGGGCUUGGUCUGUGUCUUUGAGGUUUGCAUCAUACCAUCUUCAACUGGGCUUGGUCUGUGUCCUUGCGGCUUGCAUCAUACCAUCUUCACCUGGGCUUGGUCUGUGUCCUUGCGGCUUGCAUCAUACCAUCUAUACCUGGGCUUGGUCUGUGUCCUUGAGGCUUGCAUCAUACCAUCUUCUCCUGGGCUUGGUCUGUGUCCUUGCGGCUUGCAUCAUACCAUCUACACCUGGGCUUGGUCUGUGUCCUUGAGGCUUGCAUCAUACCAUCUUCUCCUGGGCUUGGUCUGUGUCCUUGCGGCUUGCAUCAUACCAUACUUCCAAGAGUUUUGAUGGGCUGCUCUGUUGGUAUUGGCUCAUCAUCGAUGAAGAAACCUUUUGUCAGACAGUUUACCUUUGGUGAUGGACAUGCUUCUUGACUUGCAUGGUUCUAUCUUCAUUCUGGCCCACUUGAUGUUAUCUUGAAGUUUUCCCAGCAUUCCCAGCAGGCGCCUGGUGCAUGCUGCAGUUGUGGUCGUGGUUGUCAUGUCAUCUAUGUAUGCCCAGAUGUGUGGUAGACGCACUCCGUACUUCAAAUCGCUCACUCUACCCACUUCGAUGUUUUGAUUAUCAACUCCAUAGCUGUGGUGAAAGCCAGUGGAGAGAGGGUGCAACCUGCCACUCUGCCAAUUUCCAGGCACUGACAUGUGGUGGUGAAUGCUGAAGAGUCUCAGGUCUUGGAAGUAUGCCUUGACAAGGGUUGUGAUGGACUCUGGAACCUUGACGAAAUCAAACGCUGCCCAGAGGAGAUUGUGUGGAACUGAGCCAAAUGCAUUGGCGAGGUCAAGGGAUAUGGCGUGAAUAUCUCUCUUCUCUCACAUGGCAGACUGAUCUCUCUUCUCUCUCAUGGCAGACUGAUCUCUCUUCUCUCUCAUGGCAGACUGAUCUCUCUUCUCUCUCAUGGCAGACUGAUCUCUCUUCUCUCUCAUGGCAGACUGAUCUCUCUUCUCUCUCAUGGCAGACUGAAUUUGGUGCCAGAUCAUGCUUGUGUGCUACAGACAUUCAGAGAAGCCUGGAAUUCCCGCUUUUUGCACCGAUGUAUCAACCAGCUUGUUAGAAAUAAUGCAGGUGUUGUCAUUUGAUAGACUUCAAUUCUAUCUGCUAAUUUCAUAGCUGAUCUGUCCCAUAUCUGAUCUAUUGUUUCUUUCCAUAUAGCUUAACAUCCUUUUGAGCUAUGACGCUAAAUACGUUUUACCCUCUACAUUUAGGAGGCAGAUAGGGCGGAAUUGGCCAUCUGAGGACUCGUUUUCUUUCGGGAUCAGAACUCCUGCUCAGACGUCAUUUGAUGUUUUCCUGGAGUACAUUGAUUCCCUCAUUCUCGCUUUGUGAAGCCUUCCUCCACUGCUUCUUAAGCUGCCUCCUCUCCCAGAUCAGGCAUUCUAUUUCCAGCUGCCUCCUGGACUCGCUCUGCGUUAUCGGUGCCCUUUUCCCUUCUCUCAAGCACUCCAAAUCUUUCUGCUCCAUAGUUGCAGAUGAUGUCCAGCUUUUUGUCAACUGUUCCCCCAAGCCUUUCCAAAGCACUUGUUAAGUCUGUGUUGAUGGACACCAACUUUUCCUUCUCUCAAGCUCUAGGCCAGGGGUAUAUACUUGUUCUUUCUUGCUGGAUGGGCUCAAUACACUCCCCACUUGAUGUUUCUGUGCUUGAGUUAGCCUGCUCAGAGGCAGGGGUACUGAUAUCCUGCAAACUUUGGUUUGGCUCGAGUCACUGAACAUUCGACUGACUUGAUUGACUUCUCAAGAAGUACUGAUCAUUGCGAGGCCCCUGUUCUCCCUCCUUCAAGCACAUUCUACAAACACAAACAUUCUGGCACCUACUUUAAGAUGGCAGGUGACGCAAUUACUGAGCUGAAACACCUGUGUCAAUUGCCCACUUCCAUUAACUGGACCAAUAGAAACAGUUGACAAUGAACACAUGACUGCAAUUGGUUGAAAAUUAUGGGAAAGAUUUUGUAACUGGAACAUUUGGUAAAUGCCUGAAUGAAGUAAGGACAUACACAAACACAACUUGCUCUAUAAAUACUUUGAAUAAAUACUUAGAAUAAAUACACUUUAAAAUGAAGGUCUCUAUUGAAUGCCCCUCCUUCACACCCUACCUCUCUCCUUUCCUUCUAACCUCUCCCUCCCCAACAGAAACCCGGAGCCGUGCAAGAAGCGCCACCAGCUGAGGAACUGUGUCGUGGACAUCCGCUGCCCCCAGGGGGACUCCCUGGCCGACGAAGACAAGGCCUUCUCGCGUCCCCUUCUGGACGAAUCACGCUCCUUCUUCCACUUCUACAUCAGCAAGGAGGAGCAGGGGAGAGGGGGCCAUGGAGCGGACGGAGGGGGUGGAGGUGGGCUACAGAGGGUCCACGGGAGGCUGGGAGGACGCAGCUCCUUCGGAUUGGAGGAGAUGGGCGAGGCGGGGGAGGCGGGGAAAGCCGGCGAGCAGGGAGACGGCGGUAUCGACCUCCAGGGACUUCCGGAGGAGGGAAAGUCAGAGAGGGAACACCACUUCCUGUCGCACCACUUCGAUAUUCCUAACUUUGUGAACUCAGAGCACAGCUCAAUGAUGGGAGAGGACAGCCAAUCA